AUGAAAAGAUACAUGAAAUCAAACUACGAAUACACAAAACUUCGUAAAAACUUCGGUAGGCAACCAUUGUUCCAAGAAGUACCUGCACACUUAUUAGACUCCAUAAACCCUAACGUAGAGCAACAGAAACUGUAUAUACUUCGCAAUCCUGUACACCGUACAAUACAAGCAACAAUGCCGCAAUCUGAACACGAUGCAAACACAAAACAAUUGGUAAUGCACGAGCAAGGCAUAAAUCAUAGUGAAGGUGGUUGGCCCCGUGAUGUCCAUCUAUAUAAUGAAGAUCAUCUCGCUCGUCACCGGCGUCGCGUUCAACAUGAGGAUGGCUAUGUUAAUGCAAUAUUAAGUUUAAGACCACAAAUAGAACAUUGCAUUGACCAAAAUAACGCAAUUGACAUGUACCAAACAUAUUUUGCUAAUAUGUACCAACAAGCCCCCGUCGAGAAAUACAACCUACAAAUAGCAAACAUAUUUAGAGAUCCCUUUGAACGCCCGGCAUCUUGUAUUGUGUGGACAAAUGAAACACAAUCGCGGCUUGUUGCAUCGUAUAGCUAUCAAGUAUACGGCCCUGAACAAGACUCAAAAAUAUCAACUAUUUGUUACAUGUGGGAUAUAAAUAAACAAACUGAACCGUUAUAUGAAUUUUGUCCUGAAAAUAGUUGCUGGCGCUUAACGUGCUCACCUGUUACUCCUGAAGUUUUGUUGGCUGGUCUUAACUCCGGCACCAUCAAUAUUUUUGAUAUAAGGGAAGGCCGAAGCGCCGUAUCCAAGAGUUCAGUUUAUAAUUCUCAUCGUGGACCUAUAAGUGGCCUACUAUACGGACAUUCACGUACUAAUUCGGAAUUUUUUUCCGGGUCUCCCGAUGGUCAAUGCCUGUGGUGGGAUAUAAGAAACAUUUCAAAACCAAUCGAUCAACUUUACAUGUCUGUUCGUCACGGUCAUCAUGUUUCACCGAGCUUCAGUAACGCAGAAGGCGUUAGUUGUCUCGAAUUCGAUAAAGGUUUACCAACAAAAUUUUUAAGUGGAACUGAAUCUGGGUUGGUCAUUAAUGCAAAUCGCAUGGGUAGAAGUCAUUCUGAAAUUUUAGCAUCAUAUUGGUAUGCACACACAGGGCCUGUGCGUGCAGUGCAUCGAAGUCCCUGUACAUUACGAAUGUUUAUAACUUGUGGAGAUUGGAGUGUCCGUAUUUGGAGUGAAGAAGUACGCACGGCACCUAUUAUAGUGACGCGUCCAUAUCGUUACCAAGUUACUGAUGUGGCCUGGGCUCCUUUGCGAUAUUCCUGUUAUAUGGCAGUAUGUGAAGGCGGUGUCUUCUAUUAUUGGGAUAUACUUAGAAAACAACGGGAGCCAGUGGCAACAUUGCAAGUGUCCAAACACGGGCUCACCCGAGUAAUAGCGCAUCCCGAAGGAGAGUCAAUUGCUGUAAGCGAUAACCAUGGGUCUAUUUACAUUUUGCAUCUCUCUGAAAAUAUGACUACGCCUGGCAAUCAAGAUAAACACUUAGUUCACCAAAUAUACGAUCGUGAAACGAGACGUGAACAUAUUUUAGACAAUCGUGUCAAAGAAAUCCGUUUGAAAAUUCGUGGAGAGGACAUUACAUGUUUAGAUCGUGAAGCAAGUAUAGCUGAAGAAGACGUUCUUAAAACUACAGAAGAGGAAUAUUUCAAGAUAGUCAAUGACGAAAUUAAUAAAAUGGACGAACUUUUUACUAAACAUAAUAUAUUAGAAUAA